UCAGAGAGGGAAUGUGCGCAUGAUAACAAUUAGCCGACCGCCUCUUUAACAAGGCAGACAGGAGUCAGCGUUGAUCCAGAGAGCCGGAGAAUCAGCCUGGAAUCACAGCCCCAAGCCUCCACCUGAAAGCUCCGUAGCACUCGGGAACCAUGUCUGCCGUCUACCUCGUCUUCCUGCUGCUGCCUCUGAUUUCGGCUCAGACCUUUCACUGGGGUCCCUGUCCCAACCCGGCAGUGCAGCCCGGCUUCAACGUCGAAAAGUACCUGGGAAAGUGGUAUGAGAUAGAGAGACUUCCUGCUUCCUUUGAACGAGGAAAGUGCAUCGAGGCAAACUACGCCUUGAGGAAGGAUGGUACCAUCCGAGUGCUGAACUCCCAGCUCUAUAAAGAGAAAGUGAGCACAGCAGAAGGGACAGCUGUGGUUCCCGACAUGCGGGAGCCGGCCAAACUGGGAGUCAGCUUCUCAUACUUCACUCCCUACAGCCCAUACUGGGUCCUCACCACCGACUACACCAGCCUGUCCGUGGUGUACUCCUGCACCGACAUCCUCCGCCUGUUCCACGUCGACUACGCCUGGAUCCUGUCGCGGUCACGCCACCCGCCUGCAGAGACGGUGCGCUACGCCAAAGAGCUGCUGGUCAGAGAAGGAAUCGACAUCUCCAGGAUGAAGGCCACUGAUCAGAACUGCAAUGACAUGUAGCCUUUGUCCAAAGACUACCUGACUUCUCAGAUUUAGAGCAUUUAUAUUACGCUAUUUCUGUCUUGAAAGUUUGUUUAUUGAUAUCCAAAGAGGUAAUGAAGCUAAGCUAGAAAUUUCAUCCAUCCAUCCAUCCAUUUUCUAACACGCCUAUCCCUAUUGUGGUCAUGAGGGGUGCUGGUGCCUAUCUCCAGCUGUCAAUAGGCGAGAGGCGAGGUACGAAAUUUCCUGCAAUAGAUCAAUAUUUUAUUGUUUGCUCACAGCUCUCUCUGUUAUUGUUUUUUUGAAGCACAACAAACUGUACAUUUUUUACUCUUUGAAGAUAUACUUGAUUAAAAUCUACAUUAACUGAUGGUCGGUUGUUUACUGCACUUUAACAGUACAAGUUAUAUUUUCUGUAAUGAUCAUUAAAUACAUAUUCUGUCUAUUCUUAAUCUGGAAAUUCGGCAAUAAAUCGGGUAAAUUUGCUCUGCUUUUUCA